AUGGAGACCGAGGCGGAAAGCUUACCAGGGAAAAAAUCCCAAGGGGGGAAGAACGAAAAAGAUUUGCAAAGUUAUAUGGACGAACUGUGGGGGUUCGGCUCCAAUUCGGAAGAUGAAGAGGAGCACAUGGGAAAAAAGGAGGAAAGUGGAAAAGGGGUGGUGACCACCUCGGAGGAAUCGCAAGGAGAGGCGAAUGAUGAAUGGGGAGGUAAAAAGGUGAAGGAGUUUGUCCCUCGCAUGCUGCCUCAUCACAUGAAUAAGGAGGACGGUUCUGUUUUUACCGAUGACAAUGCCAUCUGUGCAAGUCACAAUGGUAGUACCUCCAGUGGAAACUGUAGCGAUGGGGAAGACAACCUAGCCACUGGGAAGAAAAACGUGGGGAACAAGAAGAAAAGGAAAAAGGGAAAAAAUGGCUCAAGUGAGGAUCUGACUGUCUUAUAUGAAAAGGACAACUUUUACCCAAUGAAUGAUAAAAAGAGGAAAAAAGAAGAGGAUAUGUGGACAGUUGCAAAGGGGACAAAGGGAAAUGUAGUGAACGAGAAGCUACAUCACUGGGACGGUGCAUCAUGUGGGGCACCAAAACAAAAAACGAAGAAGGAGACCCCUGAUGAAGCCACCAAACUAGUUAAAAAAAAUAUGUUUAAAGAAAAAAUGGAAGCGAAAAAAGACUUCAUGAAUGUGGUCCACGAAAUAAGAAAGCUGACUCUACCCCACUUGGAUAAAUUUCAAAGAAAAAUUGUGGAAAAUCAUCAAGUACAAAUGCUAGGAGGUAAAUUCGACAAGAGUCCCAAGGUGCAUUAUCCGGAACUCAUGUUUAGGAAGAAGUCAAUUAAGAAGUACAUUCAGCAGAGAAGAGAGAGGGAGAAAGUGAUGGGCGUGAAGACCCAGACCGGGAACUACAUUGACAUGCAGGACGUGAACAGGAUGAAGAAAAGGAUGAAGAGGGAGAAGAGUUCGUCGAAGUUGUUUUAA